AUUCGGCAAAACCCUAGCAAACGCACGCCCGCCAAAGGAAAAGCUAGGGUUUUAGGACCUCAACUGAUCUCCCCUUUUCGUUUCCCAAUCCUUCUCCCAACCUCGAUCAUGGCGGACGCUCCCCAAUCCAUCGCCGAAGAAACCCCCUCAAUCCCCCAAAAAAUCGAAUCCGACGAAGCCCCCUCGAUUCCCGAAACCCUAGCGAGCGAGAAGGAAACCAAUGGAGGUUCGAAUAGGGAGAGAGGAGAUGAGGAAGAGAUCAAGGACGAAUCAGCGAAGAGGGAGAGAGGAGAUGAGGAAGAGAUCAAGGACGAAUCAGCGAAGAGGGAGAGAGGAGACGAGGAAGAGAUCAAGGACGAAUUAGCGAAGAAGCAGAAGGUGGAUGAGGAAUCGACCAAGGAGACGGAGGUGGAGAUGAAGGAGAAAGAGGAAGAGGUUGAAGGAGAAGAGGAGAAGCCUAAGAGUGUGAAAUUGGGACCCAAGGAGUUUGGAUCAGGAGAGGAAAUGUUCAAUUACUUCUUCAAGUUUCUUCACUAUUGGCCUCCCAAUCUCGAUAUCAACAAGUACGAGCAUAUGGUGUUGCUGGAGUUGCUCAAGCAAGGUCAUGCUGAACCUGACAAGAAGAUUGGAGAAGGCAUACAAGCAUUCCAGGUCCGCUAUCAUCCAAUGUGGAAGAGCCGCUGCUUCUUCCUUGUGAGGGUCGACGGUAGUAGCGAUGACUUCAGCUUCAGAAAAUGUGUUGAUCGCAUUCUUCCUUUGCCAGAGAAUAUGAAAGUCCCCGCAUCGGGUGGGAACAAUGGCAAGAAAUUUGGGGGACAUAAUAAGGGUGGAGGUCGCGGAGGCAGAGGUGGUCGUGGAGGCAGAGGUAGAGGUGGGUUUAGGAAGUGAGAGCUGUUAGCCUUUAUUUUCGGUGAUAUUUGCGCUAUUUACUUCAUGAGCUUGUAGUUUUAUGUUACUAUUUGGGAACAUAAUAUCAUAGGGGGUUUUAGAUCCUCCUUUGAUGAUUAAUGGCUUAAAGAGAUUUUCCAUGUCUGAAUA